AGAAUGUGGCAGGCUGUGGCUCUUUGGCUAUUGAUACUCGCGACUCUGCUCCGAGUAUCAAUGCAGGGUCCUCACCAGCGCUUUCUGCUCAGGGAGCUGCUGAGGGACUACAACCCGAUGGAGAGGCCGGUGGCCAACGAUUCCCAGACUCUCACUGUUCAGUUCUCCUUUACUCUAAUGCAGGUCAUGGAUGUGGAUGAAAAGAAUCAGAUCCUCACCACAAAUGCCUGGCUGCAGAUGCAGUGGUAUGACCACUACCUCCAGUGGAACCAAUCGGAGUAUCCUGGAGUUAAGAACCUCCGUUUCACUUCCGACCAGGUCUGGACACCUGAUAUUUUGCUUUACAACAGCGCUCACGAUAAGUUUGAUGCCACCUUUAAGACCAAUGUACUGGUUAACUCCAGCGGCUUCUGUGAGUAUCUGCCUCCAGGAAUAUUUAUCAGCACAUGUAACGUGGAUGUGAGAUGGUUUCCAUUUGACAUCCAGCGCUGUGAGCUGAAGUUUGGUUCCUGGACGUUUGAUGGCUGGCUGCUGGACAUCCAGAUGAAGGAGGCAGAUGUAUCGGGAUACAUGCGCAACGGAGAGUGGGACCUACUGGAGGUCCCUGGAGAUCGUCAUGAGGUUUUCUACGACUGCUGUGCAGAGCCCUACCCCGACGUUACCUUUGUGGUGACGUUACGGAGAAGGACCUUAUUUUACGCUCUAAACCUCCUCAUCCCGUGUGUGCUCCUCUCCUCCAUGACCCUGCUGGUCUUCCUGCUCCCUGCCAACUCUGGGGAGAAGAUCAGCCUGGGCAUCACGGUUCUGCUUUCUCUGACUGUCUUCAUGCUGAUGGUUGCAGAGAUUAUGCCCGCCACUUCAGAUUCUGUACCACUGAUAGGUCAGUACUUUGCCAGCACCAUGGUGAUUGUAGGCAUGUCAGUAGUAGCCACAGUCAUUGUCCUCCAGUUUCAUCACCACAACCCCAACAGUGGACACAUGCCGCGUUGGGUGCAUUUAAUUCUGCUGCAAUGGGUACCUUGGUUUCUGCGGAUGAAGCGUCCAGGGGAGGGAGUGGAGCCUACUCUUUCCAACAGCCAGGCAGAUUCUCAGAGCAAGACCCUGUCCUCUCCUACCACCACCACUACCACUACCACCAUCCCCACCCCAGUGCCCCCCAUCCUCCCGCAGAGCCUCAACUCCCUGCAGGCCAGCCUCGCCCAGCUCAACCAUCCUCUGUCACACCCACUGCCUCACAGGCCCAACUCCCAGGGUGUUAUCCUCCCUAAUUCCAGCCACAGAGAUCCCAGCCCUAAUCCACACCCUCAGCCCAAUGGUCAUCUGCCUUACAUGGGCUUCCAGACCUUCCAGACUACUGCUGAACUGGAGCCAGUUCAAAGGAGCAGAACUACCAGUCAUGGGAGGGUUAACAGUGGACUAAGUGGAGGAGAAGGAGAGGGACCAGCAGCAGGAGGAAGAGGACCAGCUGGAGAUACACCAGUCCAUCAUCACCUCCCAUCUUCCAAGUUUGGGAACCCUCCACAGGAACCUCCAGUGUCCCCAGACCCUGAUCCGUCAACUACAUCCUCUGGACCCUGUGGUUUAGAGACUGGGGCUGGAGCAGGGAGAUCGGGUGCCAUGUAUACCCACAGCAGUGUGAUUCGAUCUGUGGCAGUGGACAAUCAGCUGCAGGCUCUGCUGGCGGAGGUGCAGUUCUUAGUCGAACGUAUUCGUGAGCAGGACCGGCAGCUGAGUUUGGCAGAGCAGUGGCAGUUUGCUGCAGCUGUCAUCGACCGCCUGUGCCUGGUGGGAUUCAGUGUUUUCAACAUCAUCUGUACCAUCGCUAUUCUCAUGGCUGCCCCAAACUUUGGAGAAGCACUGUCAAAAGACUUCCUCUGAGAGGCCUUUGAGAGAGAAGGGGAUGUUAAGGGAUAAGGAUUCAGAUGUGGAUUUGUUGGAAGCACAAUUGCUGUUAAUGACACCGGGACAUAUAGCAGCGAACAUUUCCUGUUCAGCAAGCUGGCUUGGACUGUAUCAGAUGUGGAGUGGACUAUGAUUUAGCAACAUUAUGGUUUAUUUUCUUCCUUUCUGAUAGAGUAUAAUGGCUCAUGCUUCUAUUUACUUUUCAUACAAUGUUUUUGCAGUGGUUUCUAUGGAUGUUUCAUUGAUAUUUGGCUGAAGGUCUGUGGACUAGCUGACAAAACCAUCAGCUAAAUAAUAAAAAAAAAGAGUUUUGUGAAUGAGGAUCCUAAAGUAAAAAAUGUCUUUGAAUUGAUGUGAGAACUGGAAUGCAUGACUUUACUAGAUUUGUAAAGUAUUUGUACUGCAGUUAGAGAUGCGGCUUGAAUUUACUCAGUAGAAAAACUUUACACUAAUGUGCUGCAUGUAAAAUGGUAAAGCUUUUACACUCGAGCAGGAUUCCUUUAAGAAUUAACACUUUCACACUUUCAUUAAAACUGACUAAAUUUCC